GCUCGCUCCAAGCUCCCGGACUAUAUGAUCUCUACUUCCUUCUCUGACCCAUACCCCUAUUUGUUUCGAAUGCCCCUUAUAUUAUUAAAUUGACUGAUUGGGGCACCAUUGUUUGUGUGUCCUCAUCGCUACCUUUCCUCGCGUCAAGUGUAUGGCCGGCGAUAUACACUAGAUGUCGACCCAGCAACAAAGCCCUGUGCCCCAGGUCGGGAAGCUCGUCAGCGUCGUCCCGGUUGGCUUAAAGGAGGCCGCUCUCGACUCGCCGACAUUCCGUGCCACCGCACUACACUUUUCCGACCAAAUUGAGUAUCUUGAAAGAUGGCUUGAUGGCUACGCGAAGGCUGCUUCAAAGCUCUCUACAGAGCUAGCAGCCAUGGAGGGCAUAGUCAGCACCUUUCUGUCGUAUUCUACACAUCCCCUCGCCGUCUCAGAAGCGGCUCUCGACCAUGAUUAUACGUUGUUGUCAAUGAAGAGGUGCGGCGACAGCUCGAAGGAUUUGUGGAGUGGAUUGGUAUCCACUUCAAAGAAGAUUGAGAUAUUGGUUGCAGAACCUAUCAGAGUCUUUAUUCAGGAUGAUUUGCGCAACUUCAAGGAGACCCGCCGAGUGCUCGAUCAGACACAAAAACAUUAUGACAACCUUCUAUCCAGAUAUUCGGCGCAAUCCAAGUCGAAGGAACCCUCAUCUCUGAGAGAAGAUGCCUUUCAACUUCAUGAGGCUCGCAAAGCUUAUAUCAAGGCGUCGAUGGAUUUUUCCGUGCAAGCUCCCCAGGUGCGGAAUGGCCUUGACCGGCUCUUAAUCGGCGUGUCCUUUGAUCAAUGGCGAGAGUUUAGGACAUUCCACCUAAUAAACGGCGCAAGCCUUGCCAAGUUCGCUCAUGAGAUGGAUAGGAUAAAAGGCUGGGUUCUUGAAAUGGAUGCAAGUGAAAGGUCUUCAAAGCGCGAGCUACUUUCCGCAAGGAAAGAGAUUGAAGAAGUGGCGGAGACAGUGGCUAGGCCGUCUCGUGAACUUGACGACUAUUCUAUAUCCACUGUCCCUUAUCUUGGGUCUCGUCCACUAUCAAAUCUCAGCAUGACAAAAGAAGCGAGACCUGAAAAACAGGGGUGGGUGUACCUGCGAACUCUUUAUGGCAAGCCUACACGGACCACUUGGGUUAGGCGCUGGAUCUUCUUAAAGAAUGGCAUCUUUGGUUGUCUUGUGCAGGGUCCGCGAACUGGAGGCGUUGAAGAAAGCGAAAGAAUAGGUGUUCUACUCUGCAGUGUCCGAGCGGCAUUCCAAGAAGAACGGCGGUUUUGUUUUGAGGUGAAGACAAAAAGCAGCAGUGUGAUGCUCCAGGCAGAGACUCAAAGGGAACUGAUGGAGUGGAUUUCUGCUUUCGAGGCUGCUAAACGGAAAGCCCUGGAAAACCCAGCCAGCACCGACCUUUCGGUUUCCGGCAAAGUUACUGUCCAAGAUCCAGCUUUCGCAAUUUCCCAGCCUCCAGCUCCCGAGUUCACUGCUGAACCAGCGGAUUCUCUAACGCCCCACUCGAGCGAUGAACAGCAUUCAUCAGAUCGCAGUGGGAUGCUUCCUCUCCCAGAACGAGACCCAGGCUCUCUUCGCAACAGCAGCGAUAUCACCCGGCGGCUCACUGGUCUUGAACCUGAAAAUUCCCCCAGAGAACACACAAAUCGAAUUAUUCAGAAAUUGGAUCUCCACCGCAAACUAAACAACAAUGUUCAACCGUCUACCUCCAUACCGGGUGCGAGCGGUGGAAUAGCCAGCCUUAUCUCUGCUAGUCAUAAUACGCUCGUUUCCGGUACCGCGCUACCUUCUAGUGUAGCAGAUAACGACGCGAGUAGAGGGCGCAGUAUGUCCAACCGUUUUGACCCUCCCACAACCCUCGCACCCCCAACUCUAGCAAAUCCCCCUGCUCCUACAAGUAUGAGCAAGGCAGCUGUUAUUGUGAGCAAUGAACGAGGAAUCGGGCUGGGGCAUACUGAUAAGACUGGCGGCAUGCCUAGUGGUAUGAUGGCAAACUUAUGGGGUAGCUCUAAUUGGAGUUUCGUAAACAGGAUUGAACUUGAACACCGUGGACUUUCCGACGCAGAGCAAGAUGCAAACUCUCAACAACAGCCGUCCUCGUUGAUGAAUGGCUCAUCGAAACAAGUUUUAUCAUCAGAAGCGAAUACUCCUAGUGGCUCUAUGGCGGCUAAGCAACAGAAGUCUGGACCCCGCCACAGACAGACUGUUAGCCUGGACGGGAAUAAUGCCACCCAAGUGCAGCGAGCAAUUUUGGGUGUUACGCACGAGUAUCCGAGCUACUAUCCGCAGCAGCUCAAGAUCCAAGACGCCCAAUUCAGAUUGCUUUUCCCAAACGUUAAGAGGGAGGAGCCUUUGGUUAUGGUGUUUCGAGCUACAUAUGCUAUGAAUGAUCAUCAAGAAUUUCCUGGCAGAGCUUAUGUUACUACCCGUGACUUGUACUUCUAUAGCCACUACUUUGGGCUCGUACUGACAACAAGUGUCUCGUUGGAGAGCAUCAAAGAGGUGACGGCCGCUGCUGGACGAGACUCCGAUUUUCUGUUCUUCCACACCGUUCCAAAGCCUGGCGAAGAUACCCCUGGUCGGAUUACGGUGAAGACUUUCCUUGAGCCAUUGAAGCUUCUCCAGAGGCGCCUCAAUUUCUUAAUCGACGAUGCGACCGCAGUCGAGCCUCUGGGGCUCGAAGCAAUCUUUAGCGCUCUAAAUAAAAUGGAAUCAGAUGCGACAACACGAACUCCUAGCCUCGAUAGCUGGGAGGACGUGGGCAUGGACGAAAGGUUUUCUGGAGAAGAUGCUGCAAUCCAAGGGUCACGGAAGGAUAUUCGGCCGGCCCUCUACAUUGAGAAAGGUUUAGAUAUGCAUUCGAGGAAGGGUAGCAAUGGCAAGGAUGUGAUGAAGUUCCGAUUACCAACACAGCCCGUCCAGUACGUUCCUCAAGGGAACCUUCAUCUUGCAGCAGAGAAGGUAUUUGAUCUCAGCCCUAAGGCGGUUUUCCAUAUCCUAUUCGGCGACAAAAGUGCUGUCUGGCAGCUCCUUUUGCACCAAAGAAGGGCACAAGAUGUUAAACAAGGACCUUGGACUCGCAACGAAUCUAACCAUUUGAGGCGGGAUUUCAAAUACCAGAUCGAGACGACAAAUAUAUUGGGACAUACACAAGGCCAGGACAUAUCCGACUAUCAGAUGAUAGACGUCCUUAAUGACCACCUGUGCUAUGUGAUAACGGAUAAAAGGACUCCCUGGCAUCUUCCAUUCAAGCGCUCGUUCAGGCUAGUCAGUAAGAUUGUGAUCACCUUCGCCGCGAAGGGUAAGAGUAAGCUUGCUGUCUAUACAAAGGUGGAGUGGUUGUGGUCUCCCUAUGGCAUUCAAAGUGUUAUUGACAAACAGGCAAAUGGCGACCUAGAGCAAGAUGCUUUGGAUCUUGUUGAUCUUGUGAGCGAGCAGGUGCGCAGGCUUGGCGCACAUAGCCGAACCAAGAAAGCCAUUACCAUCUUCGGUCAAGUCGGCCGCCAGAACACCGUAUCGCAGUUAGGCGAAUUGGAUUUAAAGAUAGAGAUUCGAAACCCUCGUACUCAAAGGACGUUAGUUCAGCUUUUAUUUGAGACGUUCGUCAGCUUCCUCGAGAGCGCUAUUUCAUCCGUGAUGCUUUGGACAUUUGCCUUCUUCCGCUGGGUCUGGAAGACUGCAAACGCAAAUCUAAUUAUUCUCGCCUUAUUAAUAUCAAGCAUGCUGAUUAAUGGUUUCUAUACCUCACGCGACGCCUAUGAUUGGUGGUAUGAAAGGAAAGCCGAGAAUUUCAUGGCUCGUCUGGGAAUCCAUCCAGACCAUGUCAUGAGCAAAGCUAUUUACAUGAGAGAUAUCGAUGAAGUGAUUGCAAAUUCAACCCUCGGGCAAUCGAGCGACAAUGUAAGCGACUGCUUCGCCACCUUCCAUCAGCAAACAAUACGGAACGUUGGAACCCCGUUGUCCAUUAGCACAUCUGGCCCGAGAGAUUCGGCGACGAAGAGCGCAGCCAGACGGCUGCAGCAAACCCGUGAGCGUCUGGCUAUGUAUCGACAUGACCUCGUGGUAGGCCUCCGCGUUCUGAACAGCAUUGAAAGAGAGGUUCUUCAGAACGAAUGGGAGCGCUGGCUCCGACAAGAACUGAGACGUUGCCACCAAAUCGAAGCCCUACUUGUAAAGAGUGAUGACGGUGACGAGGUUGCCGUGCAGGUGGAUCGGGCGGGCCAAAGCGCGUUCGCUGAGUUAUCAGACGACGUCAAGGAAUGGUACGAAAGGUAUUGUACUAGCUGCAGUCAAGAGCAAGAGCUAGUGGAAGGAAAUCACCGUGUAUAUGGCAGCUCAUAAGCAGGCGCCAGAGAAUUGUGGGUCAUUUUGUGUAUUCCGGGUCCUCUGAUAUUUUUUGACGAUACCCUAUUGCAAUUAACGGGUCUGGUUUUAAACUCGUGAAUGAGUUCGACGGCAACCCCAUGUUUUAGCGCUUGAAUGUAU